AUGGACGGAGAGGAUGUGUAUGUCCCGCUGAGGCAGCGCCGCCAAGAUGAGGAGGAACGACGCAUUAAGCGACAAAAGGUCAUCCAGGAGAAGCUGAAGCAGCAUGCACAGGACGACGAAGACGACGAAUUAGAGAAAAACUACACACCGAAACAGCUCGACACGAAGAACCAAACACCAGCGGCGGACGCUGACGACGCUGCACCCACUCGUUCAACUGUGAGUUUGCUGGAUCAGUCAUUCCAGCUCAAAAAGAAACGGGAAACGGAAGGCGUGAACGAAGACGAACGAAUACAAUCCACGUCGGAAGUGCAGCUCUUGCAUGAGGCAUCCCAGGUCCAGAAGGUCGCACUUGUGUCGGCUGCAGAGCACGCCAGCGGUGUCCGAUACACAGAAUCCAUCAAAAGGACGUGGACGCCUCCUCGGCAUAUUGCGCGACUCACCGAGGAUGAAUGCGACGUUGUGCGCAAGAAGUGGCACAUUCUCGUCGACGGUGACGACAUCCCUCCGCCGAUAAAGUCAUUUGCCGAAAUGCGUUAUCCACCAGCCAUAUUGGAUGCUCUAAAGGCGAAAAACAUAGUUCGACCCACGCCGAUCCAGGUUCAAGCGAUGCCGUGCAUUUUGUCCGGGCGCGACAUUAUCGGGAUCGCGUUCACCGGCAGUGGGAAAACGCUCACCUUCACGCUGCCUCUCGUCAUGCUGGCCCUUGAACAGGAGAAGAAGAUGCCAAUAAUCAGCAAAGAAGGUCCGUUUGGCGUCAUCCUCGGUCCUUCGCGCGAACUCAUGCGGCAGACGUACGAGAUCGUGAACCACUUCACGUCAGCCUUGUUCAAAGCGGGUUUUCCUGAGCUUCGCAGUCUACUGUGCAUGGGCGGCCAAGAUAAGCGUGAGCAGCUCGACAUGAUCUUCAAGCGGGGAGUCCACAUCGUGGUGGCGACCCCCGGCCGUCUCAAGGACUUUCUCCAGUCCAAAAAGAUGAACUUGGACUUGUGUCAGUAUAUUUGCCUGGAUGAAGGGGACCGCAUGCUUGAUCUUGGGUUCGACGAAGAGGUCGCUUCGAUCUUCAACCACUUCAAACACCAGCGCCAGACCCUGCUCUUCUCCGCCACGAUGCCGCAGAAGUUUCAAGACUUUGCCAAACAAGUAUUGGUUCGUCCGGUCCUGGUCAACGUAGGGCGAGCGGGGGCGGCCAACUUGGACGUGCUCCAAGAAGUCGAAUACGUCAAGCAGGAGGCCAAGAUCGUGUACUUGCUCGAGUGCCUGCAGAAGACGGCACCUCCCGUGCUUAUCUUUUGUGAGCGAAAGGGCGAUGUCGACGACAUUCACGAGUAUUUGCUGCUCAAGGGCGUCGAAGCGGUCUCGAUCCACGGCGGAAAGGACCAAGUCGAGCGUAACGAAGCCAUUGACAUGUUCAAGCGCCGAGACAAGGACGUCCUUGUCGCGACAGACAUCGCUGCCAAAGGCCUUGACUUCCCCGAUAUCCAACACGUCAUCAAUUUUGACAUGCCCGUGGAGAUUGAAAACUAUGUGCAUCGUAUUGGUCGUACAGGGCGGUGCGGCAAGACUGGUGUUGCCACGACCUUCAUCAACAAGAGUGUCCCAGAAAGCGCUCUCUUGGAUCUGAAGCACUUGCUCGUGGAAGCUAAGCAGCGCGUCCCGCCUGUGCUCAAGGCGCUGGAUGACCCCAUGGAACACUCCCAGGAGAACGCGACGGGCUCCAAAGGAUGUGCAUUCUGCGGUGGGCUGGGCCAUCGAAUCACAGACUGUCCCAAGCUCGAGUCGAACGCUCGCAAGCUGAAUGCCGGUCGCCGCGAUUACUUGGGCGGCCAAAGUGGCGGCUAUGGCGGCGAUACUCUGGGGUAA